AUGGAGCUGCUGGGGGCUCUGAGCCCCCCGUGGUGGCUCCUGCUGCUCCUGCCCUUGGUUCUGCUGCUCUGGGCCACGCGCAGAAAACCCUGGGAGCCCCACGAGUGUCCCACUGACCUGACGGGCAAGACAGUGAUUGUCACCGGAGCCAACAGCGGCAUCGGUAAAUGCGUGGCCAUGGAGCUGGCGCGCCGGAACGCCCGCACCAUCCUGGCGUGCCGGAGCCGGGAGAGGGGCCAGGCGGCCGUGGAGGAGAUCCGGGCGGCCACCGGGAACCCGGCGGUGCUGCUGCGGCUGCUGGACACCGGCUCGCUGGCCUCGGUGCGCGCCUUCGCCAGCGCCGUGCUGCGCCAAGAGCCGCGCCUGGACGUGCUGGUGAACAACGCCGGCGUCACCGGGCUGCCCUUCGCCAUCACGUCCGAGGGGUUGGAGCAAACCUUCGCCACCAACUACCUGGGGCCGUUCCUGCUCACCAACCUGCUCCUGGACCUCCUGAAGGCCUCGGCGCCCUCCCGGGUGGUCAACGUGUCGUCGUUCCGGCACAGCGCGGGCACGGCCGACAGCGGGUACCUGACGGGGCAGCGGCGCCCAGGCGGGCACGCCGCCGCCUACAACAGCACCAAGCUGAUGAACGUGCUCUUCACCGCCGAGCUGGCACGGCGCCUGCAGGGCACAGGGGUGACGGCCAACGCGGUGAGCCCCGGCGUGGUGAGCACCGGCAUCAUGCGCCACUUCGGCUGGGCCAUGCGGGCGCUCUUCGUCCUCCUCCGCCCCUUCAUGAAGUCGGCCGAGCAGGGCGCUGCCAGCAGCAUCUUCUGCGCCGUCUCGGAGGAAGCCGCGGGCAUCACCGGCAAAUACUUCGACAGCAGCUGCCGGCUGGCGCUGCCCUCGGCGGCCGCCCGCGACGCCGCGCUGGCACGGAAGCUCUGGGAGGCAUCGGAGCGCCUGACGGGGCUCACGGAGCGCGACUGAGCCACCCACCGGGAUGUCACCCCUCGGGGCGGCGAGGGGGACACCGCGGCCCCGCCGCCCCCGUACCCACCACGCCGCGGCGCCGGGCGGCCGUGACCGUGAGGCUUUUAUUAAAAACCCCGGCGCUACUCCCA